CCUGCCCGCAAACCUGCCCGCCGCCUGUAACCCGCGCGCUGCCAUAACGGCUGCCCGUCCACUUCCACCAAACAGGAAAUCCCCACACACAUAACCACUUCCGACCACAACCACUCCCACCAUGGCAUCUGAGAUCACCGAACACGACCAGAACGCGUCGCCCUCGGUCCACGACGACCCCAACAACAACAAUCCCCAGCUCGUCGGCGGCGAUGCCAACCGCGGCGUCAAGCGUCCUCGCGCCGGCGACGACGAUGACGACGAUGACGACAAGCCUGGCCGCGAGCGAAGGAAGAUUGAGAUCAAGUUUAUCCAGGACAAGUCGCGUCGGCACAUCACCUUCUCCAAGCGCAAAGCCGGCAUCAUGAAGAAGGCCUACGAACUAUCCGUCCUCACCGGCACCCAGGUGUUGCUGCUCGUCGUCUCCGAAACCGGUCUUGUCUACACCUUCACCACGCCCAAGCUGCAGCCGCUUGUGACCAAGGCCGAGGGCAAGAACCUCAUUCAGGCCUGCCUGAACGCGCCCGAGCCUGCAUCGGGAGAUGCGAAUGGCGUCGAGGGCGACCAACCCGUCGAGUCUCCAGAGGACGCGCACCCCCAAGUCCCUCCUGGCCAGCCGCGCGGCAUGCCCAGCAAUGGAGGCAUGCCACCCGCAUACAUGACCCCCGAAGCCGCCCUGCACUACCAGUCCUAUCUUCAGCAGCAAUCGCAGCAGACGGGCCAAUAUCCGGGCAUGCCCCCGCAGGCGCAGAUGCCCCGCCAUCCCGGACACCAGUAUCCCCCGGAUCAGAAGUUGAGUUAGAAGUUUCCCGAAAAGAAAGAGGAUGAUCAAAAGGGCCU